AAGGAAGUAGCAGAAAUGAAUAGCGAUUACAAGUGGUGCAUGUUCUUUACAUCUGUGAUAGGACUUUGGCCGUACACAGGCAAGAAACUUCGACUCUUGCAAAAUGGUAUCGUCAGUCUCGUUUUUUCCAUGUUUACAACCGCUCAGGUGUGGGUAAUCAAGUUUGUUUUAAGAACUAUUAAUACAUUAAUGAAAGUUUUAUGCAUGCUUUAACAUUUUUGAAAGAUCACUUAAGGACCUACGGUAUUCAUAGUUUUUAGCUUUCUUCACUACAGAGAGAAAUCUGUUUAGUAUGCUACGAUUAGUAUCGUUUAUGGCGUUGACCAUGGUUGCAUGUACAAGAUACCACAUAGCCGUGUAUCAGACUAAUGAUGUAAAAGGAUUUUUAGAUCAAAUUAGACUUGAUUGGAGGACGAGUAAUGAAGAGAUACUUCAAAUCAUGCAAAUGCACGCUUCUGAUGGAAAACGUUUAGUAAUAAUUUUUGCAGCCUUUGUUUACCCAUCAGGAUGCAUGAUAAUGCUGUAUCAUAUUUCUCCUAUUAUUUUGGACAUAAUUUUACCGUUGAAUGAAUCUCGCCCAGUAAUGUUUCCAGUAGAAACGGACUUUUUGCUUGACGAAGAACAACACCCAAUUCUUAACAAUUUCCUUAUAUAUUUCUCACUAAUAAUCGGCGUAACCAUAUUG